GGCCGGGCGCGAGGCGGACCUUCCCGCGGCGCCUCCCCUGCGCGUGGCCGGCCAGGGCCGGGAUGCCUGGCGGCGGCUCCUGGCGGCGGGACGCGGGGCGGGCGCGGCGCUGAGCGGCCGGCGGGAGCGCGUGGAGCCCAUGGCGGAGCCGGCGCUGCCCCAGGAGGGCGUCGGGCGGCGCCGGCGUCGGGAGCAGCCGCUGAACGGGCCCCCGCCGCCCUACCCGUCGGGGGAGCGGGCCCCGGCCGGCGAGGAGGCCCCGCGCUCCGAGGUGGCGCUGCCCUGCUACAAGCGCUACUCGGCCGAGGGCUUCCCGCGCGGCAAGGCGGCCGGCGGGGCCAGUCCGCGGGCCUCGACGUGCUGCGGCGGCGGCGGCGGCGGGUCCCUGGCCAGCCCGCGCCCCAGCCUCUCGGCCGCCGAGGCUCCGCUCAGCCCGCGCUCCAGCUACGCCAGCACGGCCAGCGACGCCAGCAAGCCCUCCAGCCCGCGCGCCAGCCUGGCCGGCUCCUCCGACGGCAGCAAGCCCAGCAGCGCCCGCACCAGCGGCAUCAGCCUGGGCUACGACCAGCGCCACGCCAGCCCGCGCUCCUCGGCCGAGCUGGAGGCCGCCGCCGCCGCCGCCGCCACUGCCGGCCGGUCCCUGGCGCCGUCGGGCUCGGCCGCCGCCGCCGCCUCCUCCCUGGCCAGCCCGCGCUCCAGCCUCUCCAGCCACAGCUCGCGCAGCUCCCGCGGCUCGAUGGGCGCCUACCCGGAGCUGCCGGCGCCCUCGCCGCGGGCCUCGCUGCUGCCCGAGGAGGGGCCCCCGCCGGCCGACGCCGAGCCCGCCAAGCUGCGGCUGCCCUGCCAGGUGACGCCGGCCCGGGAGAGCGGCCCCAGCCAGGUGGAGCGGCGGCUGGAGGCGCUGACGCUGGAGCUGGAGAAGGAGCUGGAGCUGCACGUGCGGAAGGAGUACUUCGGUAUUUGUAUCAAGUGUGGAAAGGGGGUAUAUGGGGCCAGCCAAGCUUGCCAGGCCAUGGGGAACCUUUACCAUACCAACUGCUUUACAUGCUGCUCUUGUGGGAGAAGAUUACGGGGGAAAGCCUUCUACAAUGUUAAUGGAAAGGUCUACUGUGAAGAAGACUUCCUAUAUUCGGGGUUCCAGCAGACAGCAGACAAGUGCUUCAUUUGUGGCCAUCUCAUCAUGGAAAUGAUUUUGCAAGCUCUCGGGAAGUCCUACCAUCCUGGCUGUUUCCGCUGUGUGGUGUGCAAUGAAUGUCUGGAUGGCAUACCCUUCACUGUAGAUAUGGAGAACAAUAUUUACUGUGUCAAAGACUAUCACACGGUUUUUGCACCCAAGUGUGCUUCCUGCAACCAGCCUAUUUUGCCAGUCCAGGGUUCCGAGGAGACUAUCCGGGUGGUUUCAAUGGACAGGGAUUACCAUGUGGAGUGUUACCACUGCGAGGAUUGUGGGCUCCAGCUGAAUGACGAGGAGGGCCGCCGAUGCUAUCCACUGGAGAGACACCUGCUCUGCCACACCUGUCACACCAGGCGCUUGAGCGCUAAAAUGUCGGCCCACUCGCCCUCUGGGUACCCCAUGCGUAUCACGGAGCUCUGAGGCUUCCGCUUCCCAUCUACUCAAGGCCAGGAGGAAGACCCCUGCUGGGAAGAGGGCUCAACAAGGGACUCUCUAGAAAGACAAAGCAGCCACCAUUAUUUAUUGCCUGUAAGAUUGGAAUGGCAGGGGCACCUCUUGGGUAUAAUUUGCCUAAGGGAUCCUUUCCAUGAGGCUGGUACUUGAAAAGCCGUGCACCCAUGGGUCGGUUGGGAAAAGGGCACAUUGUCAGAGCUGUUGGCCUGGCUACCCAUUAAUACUGGCUUAUUGCCAUUUUUAUGGUUGAUUGUUUGAGCUCCCAGAAGAAACAUUAGCUUUCCAACAGGAAAGAGACCAAAAGACUUUUCGCCAUGUUUUAGGCCUCCUUGCACCCUGACCUUGUGGCUCUUACAGUCUGAGAGGCACAGUGGUGGUUGCAUGCAUCAAAAGAGCGAUGGCCAAAUUGAAUGUGAUUUUUAAAAGGAACCACUUUGUAGGGGAUACCUGUGGGCAUUCCAGCUUGGCCUUUUGUUGGGUUUUGUUGAGCACACAAGAGACUCUGUGCUGGAAGCCCAUGCAUGAAAGGACAGAGAGCAUUCCUAUUUCAGGCUGUGUCAGGCAUGGUUCUCAGGUGCUUGGAAAGGUUUGGUGUUUCCAGGUGAGGCAGAAGACACAGCUAAGAGGAGAGCUGCGGGCCCUCUGGGAAGACCGGUUACCUCAGAGCUUUCUGGGAUCCGACAGGCAGCAACUGUCUGCAGAGCAGCCUUGCUGAACGCAGGGCUGCCGAUGGGGAAAACGGGAAAAAGCUGCUCCGUUCCCAAUCCACAGUUUUUUUCUUAGCGCUCUUCCGCAGCAGAGAUGUGAAUGUGUCAGAAUGGGAAACAUUUAUAUACAAGUGGUAUGAGCUUAUUCAUUAAAUUUAAUUCAGAUUUGAAUUCAGCCAAAUCGAGUUUCUGUCCCAUCCAUUUCUUUGCACCUGCCACCACUUAUUUUUGAAGGGAAUCUUCCCAGCAUCCCGAAGUUCAGAGGCAGCCUGGAGCCCGGAAAUGAUUCUGCUCAAACAACAGCAGAACCUGCCAGGGCCCAGGUGCACUGGGGCUCCCUGCAGAAGCCCUGCACAGUACAAGGAAAGCGGAUUCUUGCGCUGGAUCCACCAGGUGACCACAGGCAAAGAAACGGGGUCUCUUGUCAAGAAGGAUCUUCCGUGCAUUUCAAACUUCACUUGGCUCUUCUCAAAGUCACUCUUUUGAAACGGACUUCGGUUAAUAACUUCAGCUUGGAGUUUCUGCAGGAAGGACCAACAGACGAAGAUGCCGAUUUCAGCUGCGUGUUGAUGGCCAUUGUCUUGACUCCUCCUCACCUGAAGAGCUCCUGACUCUUGCAAAUGUACAACAUUCCCUUUCUUUCGGUUUAAGGGAUGGCAGCUCUGUGCUAUGACUUGCAAACAUACUUCUUCUAGAGGUAUUUUUAAAACAGUUGCUUCCCUCUUUUUGUUUUUUACAACUUGGUUAUAACCCAGCUUUAAAGGCCAAGUUAAUUAUACUUGAAUCCACAGCACUUGCAUGAUAAUUCCCAUGGCCUCUUGACCAUACAAAACGUUUUUAGGUAGGUCACAAAACAGUUUUUAAAAGUCUCAGGAAACAAUAGUCUUUUUUCUAGGUGUUUGGAUGUAAAGAAAUUGGCUCAGAUGUAUAGCAGGGAAAUACCUAAUUUGGAACAUAGAGGAUUUUUUUUUAUUAGCAAAAAUUAAAACAUAUAAGACAUAAUGUGUUAAGUGUUAGCAGUCUUACACUUCUAUUUUGGCUAGACUUUUAAAGCACAUUUCCAACUCUGGGAAAAUCUGUGUUCCAUAUGGAAAAUGUUUACUUUUUCUAUUAAAAAAAUAAGCUACAUUUUGAUUAUUUGAGACAAGGUGGUGCCAUUAAUGUAAUUAAAACUGACCACAUCAGUUUACGUUUCAGGUUCAGCCAUGUUGUAUUAAUUCCUUGCAUACAUUGACCCUGAAACCGUUUCAACUCGCUCCUUCUGAUAAAACCACCUGGAUCAGCCCUUUGGAGACUGGAAGCUGUUGGUGCUCCAGCAACUUCAGGGAAAGUCCACUUUGGGAACCAGAUGGAAAAACAUGGCUAAAUCUGUUUGAAAAGUACAAAAACGGCCCUCGUGGAAGAGCAGCCAGGCUGACUUCCCCCAGACUAUCCGGACAGUCCUGUCGGCUGCAGCAGGAGCCUUUCCCAAGGCUGAAGGGCUGGGAAGAGGGAAGAAUCAGGUGAGUCAGAGCAAAAGGAAUGUAAGCAGUUCCUUCCAAACGGGGCGCUUUGAAAGGAGGCCCCCUCCCCAUCUCAUCAGAUCAACCCUUUUAAGGCUGCUCCUGAUGGUUCCGUUGGCCUUUUCAGGUUUUGAAGUUUCCAGAAAGUCAUUGUGAUUCCUUUGAUGUUACUGCAAAGGUUCCACUCUUUCCUCUUGCGGAUGGAUUUCUGGAGCUUUCUGGAAAGUACAUCUCCUUCCUCUGCUGUUAUGGAAUCUUGAUUAUUUUAGUGUCAAACUUGUCCAUUCCUGCUACUGCCUUAAUCUUCUGCAAAUACCAUAACAGCUAAAAUAUGUACACAGGCUAUUAUUUUUCAAACAUACCCAGCUAUUUCAUUUGUUUAAAAUAUUUCAGGGGAUUACCUUUUAGAUACUUAAAAUAGAUUUGUCAACCUGGUGAUUUCCUUCGUAAACUAUUUUGCUGUUUUAAUUUUUGUUUUUCCUCCAUUGCUGAACUAUGGUCACAGCUGAAGAGUUCUCUUUUUUUCAAUGCCUUUUUUUCAUUUUAAAAAUAUGGCCUUUAAGGAGAAAGCAGCUAGAAAGUGUCACACAGCAAAAAAAAAAGGAAAAAAAAGAUUCUGCAAAAAAUGUGAAACAUGCUACCUCCCAUCAAUAGUGGCUGAACUGUGGACCCCAGGGCCCCCUCGAGGGCUGGGCUGGCCCUACCCCACAGCAGCCUGGCUGCUUUGCCCACUGGCCUCUUGCUGAAAGCAUGGGGUGGGGGCGGGAUGGCACUUCCCCACCAGUCCUGCCAAGGGAAGCGGCCUGCCAGCCUUUCUCCUUGGCAGGAAUUUCUCCACCUGGUGCCCAAGGACACGGGGUGCUGCACCAAGAGACGCCAGAUGGUGGAAGCUGCAGACAAACACUGGGAGUUCAGUGCCACCUCUACAUUUACUUCAGAGAGUUUGGCUCCACAGGGAUGAAGGGCUUUUAACAUUUGUGCCAAAACAUUAUUUAUGGGAGAGCUUCCUUUCUUUUUCUUUCCAUUGAUUCGCAUGCGAGAUCGAUGCACUUAAUGAAAACAAAGUAAAUAUUUGGAAGACAUCCUUCCCCAUAACCUAAGACUCCAAAGGAGAGGAAGAGAUUUAAGGAUGGGGAAAUAUUUGUUUCAGAACGGGUGGCUGUCUUAUAAUUUUGAAAUUAAAAAAUUGAUGGGAGAGUUCCAUUGAGUUAAACCAAAACUACAGAAGAUAAAUCUUUUCUUCGCCCCCAUUAAACUCUUGUGAUUCAACUAAUGCCAUAACCAGAGUAUAUGAUUUGACUUAAAUUAAGUUUGUUUCUUGAGAAAUAUUUGCAUUUUCUUUAAAAGAAUAUAGGUUUCAUUUCCAAGAACUUGGACCAAUGUUAAUUUUUCUUUUGUAGGAAAUUAAAAAAUGGCCAAUUUGUAUAUUAUGUGUCUAGUUUACAUCUGCAAACAUAUUAGUUUAACCGUGUUUGUAUAUAUCUUUCUAAAAUGUCAGACUUUUAGUUCAUAAACUUGUCAGAGUUUUUGUGUUACCACAUGGUUUCUAUGAUUGUUGAAGACUAAAAGUUGGGAAAUAUAGAUUUAUUUAUCUAAAAAAACUACUUACUAUUCUCCUAAGUUAUUUUAAUAUUAAAAGUCAGAAUUUCAUUUAACCUUAGAUGUUAUAAUCUGCUUUUUUUCAAUAAAGUCAUUUUGUAGUUACCUCUUGAUUUUAUACUGUAUUACAUAGAAAAAAAAUUGACAUAAGAACAACUUACCUGUUACAUGACGCCAUACUAACCUUCUUAGACUUAUUUUCUGUCACUGGGAAUUAGUUGGGUAGCCAUAUAAAAUUUCCUAAUAAAUAUUCUAUGUUUCUUUGAAUAAUCCUACAUAUUUGUUUAUAGUCAUUUUAGCCCAGAAACUCCAAGCAAUUCUAGAAAAGUAAACGAGAGGGGGAAGGAUCGCCCAUCCAUUACAAACUUCAGGCAGCUGCGCCAUGGGGAGAUUGCAAGGCAUUUUGCAAAUCUCAAUUGGAUGUGAUAGUGGAGGCUGAAGAGAGAGAAAACUUCUGGGGGAGAUAUUUAAGAUACAAAAUUAAUUCCACUCCUUUCUGAAUAAAUUAUUUAGCACUAAUAACUUGUGUUAAAGCAGUUUAGUUCUUAUGUCAUCAUAUAUGUUACAGCAGAGUUCCCCAAACUUUCUGGCUUUGUGGACUGGUAUGGGGGAGGGGAUGGUUCCACACGAGUGGUGAGCAAAGUGUGCGCACUCAAAAUGCACAAGUGGGCGCACGCACUGCUGCUUAUGCAAAUGGAGCACAUUCUCACGCCAGUGGGGAUGUGCACAUGCGCACUCACCUGCCACUUCCGUGGCCUGGCUCUGAACGGCUCGAGGCCCAGUAGUGGUUCACAGCCCAGGGGUUGGGGACCCCUGUGUUACAGUCUCUUCUUAAAAACCUCUAAUGAUGAAGCACCACAACUUCUGGUGGCAAGCUGUUCCACUAGUUAAUUGUCCUCAUUGUUAGGAAGUUUCUCCUUAAUUCCAGGUUGCUUCUCUCCUUGGUUAGUUUCCAUCCAUUGUUUCUUGUCCUGCCUUCUGGUGCUUAGAAUGUUUUAGACUAGAAGAGAGCUGGAAGGGACCUUGGAGGUCUUCUAGUCCAACCCCUACUCAAGCAGGAGAACCUAUACCAUUUCAGACAAGUGGCUAUCCAGACUCUUAAAUACCUCCAGUGAUGGAGCACUCACAACAUCUGGAGGCAACUUCUGUUCCAGGAUUGCUUAGAGGUCUGCAAAACAGACAGGUACUUCCGGAGAACUGUUGUUCUUGCCAUUUGUGACAAGAUUAUCUGGCUUUAGUUUUUAUGAUUACUCUUGUCUGGAGGCAGGUUGUUUUCAGCGUCUGUCUGUUUAAUACGUUGCCCAUCUCACAAGAAGUUACUCUGGGCAGCAUACAACAAAAAAUGUAAAACAAAAGCAAAUUAAAAAUGCAAAAAAGCAUAAAACACCUAAGAGAUUAGAUGAGCAACAGGGAGAUAGUCUAUCCCACAAGGCCUGAUGACGUAACCGAGGGGCUUCCCGAAAAUAACCCAGCCCUUUGCUAUUGAACCUGCAACUGAAAAACAUCUUUGGCUACAGCAGACCUCUCUCCCAUAUUGAAAAGAAAUAACUGGCAGGCCACCUGAAUGUCUUCUACUGUAGGUCUGACUCUGAUCUCUUCGUCUUCUACUGCUACCUAUCCCAUCUCACCAACAGUAGCUAAUUUUCCUACACUGAUCUCCAUCCCCCUGGGCCCUCCACCUCUGAUGGUCUUAGAAAAAGAUGUGUGAGGUCUAUUUCAUAGACUAAAAGAUGAAAAGCACUAGGCCCAGACAGAACAACUCUUGCCUGCUUGAAGGUCUGUGCUGAACAAUUGGCCCCGGUCUUCACACAGUUUUUAAAAAUAAUUACUGGAGACGUGUUACAUCCCUUCUUGCUUCAAGCACUCUACUAAUCAUCUCAUUAAAAAUCCUCCCUCAGGGAGCUGAAUGAUUACAGGCCAAUUGUUCUGACAACUGUGGCUAGGAAAACCUUUGAGAGGUUGGUGCUGGCCCACCUGGAUUUGCUAUUCAGACCCCUCGCAGUUUGCCUUCCAAGCGAACAGUUCGGCAAAUGAUGCUGUCAAUUUGACUUGGCACUACAUCUUGAAUCCCUGACAAUCUAUGCACAAGUCCUUUUUCUGGACUCCACCUCCGUAGUCAGUACCAUCAUUCCAGAAAUUCUUCACUCUAAACCAGGGGUCUCCAACCUUGGCAACUUUAAGACUUGUGGACUGCAACUCCAGUUGCCAAGGUUGGAGACCCCUGCUCUAAACUGAUUCAACUCACAGUGCCUGUUCAGACAGCAACCAAAAAAAGAUAGAGACUCCCAACAGAUAGGACUGCAAAAAAAAAUAAAUUGCAACCACCCCGCUUUCCUAAGGACGAUACGUUGUGCAGGUCAGAAAGGGAGCUGAGAAGGUAUCUGCAUUCCCCUCACACAUGAACUGUUUCAACUCCUUCCCUUGGGAUGGCGCUACAGGGGCACUGCAGGCCAAACCACUAGACACAGGGACAGCUUUCUUCCCUUGUACCAUCUCUCUGCUAAACACCUAAUUCUUACAGUGACGUCUAAUGUCUGUAUAUAUGUACUCAUCUAGUCUGGCUGUAGUAGUAUUCUUUAUCCUUAUCUUCUUUAGUCUCCCCUUUUACAGGGUGGUGAUGAGGAUCCUGUUGCUUUGUAUGUACACUGAGUGCUUCUGUACUGGAGAUAAGAUUCCUUGUGUCAUAUCCACCAGCUUUGGCUUGGCACCUUGCUGGCAUUCUGCCAUCAAGAAAGGGAGGAACAAAUGGGCAAGAAAGCUGUAUACUUUGAUGAUGGGAAAUUGGGACGGGGGAAUUGACAGCUGAGAAAGAACAGCACACUUUGGAAUCCAGUUCGUGCUGGCGUUGGGGCUGACAUCUUCAAGGCCGUUUACCCUGAGAGUGGAAUUUCACUAGCACAAAUACCUCGGUGUUUCCCAAAACAUCUUGGUGGUGCCAGAUUGGCUACACACGGACAGA